CUUUCGUGUGACAUAUGUCAUUUGAGUGAGUCUCCCGUCGCUCCUUUAGCCGCAUGAGUAGAGGGGCGGGCAGGGAGGCGUGUCUGUGCACCACAAGAGGAACAACGUGAGGUUCAGGAGGAAGGACAUGUCAGAGAUGUUAGUUCAGAGAGAGUUGUCGGAAUGAUCCCUUGUUGGUCCUUUCCUGAACUUUUUUUAUGGACUUGUAGUGCAGCAGACUUUGGCCUCUGCCUGAGGUGGAUUUGUAAUGUAGAAUGACUCAAAAGCCAGUCCUCCGUGCCUUACAAAUCUAAAGUCUCAAGUCUCAAGCCAAUUGAUCAUCAUCAACACUUUCUCUGAUCCCCACCGUCUCCACCGGGGAGGGACAUGGGGUUGGUGGGGAGCCUGCAGCUUGUUCUGCUUUUGGCCUCGACCUCCACAGCCGCAGGCCUCAACAUCCCCCUAGAAGUGGAGCAGCCUCCAACCAUAAUAACUCACACAUCUGGCCCCAUUGUGGCCCUUCCCUUUGACAACACAAUUACUAUCAGGUGUGAGGCCAGGGGCAACCCGCCACCGGAAUACAGAUGGACGAAAGACGGUGAAGACUUUGUCCCCCCCUACGUGACGACGGACCACCCAGGUGGCACCUUCGAGCUCCACAACAAGGGUCUGCAAGCGUUUCAGGGAAAGUACCGAUGCUACGCUUCCAACGAGCUGGGAACUGCCAUGACGGAGGAGAUUGAACUUCGAGUUCCCAGUAUGCCGAAGUUUCCUAAGGAGUUCAAUUUCCCCGUUGUUGUUAAAGAGGGAGAGCCAAUUGUCCUCGAGUGCAACCCUCCAGAAGGCAUGGCCCCACGGCAGAUUUACUGGAUGUCGUCCGAUCUCAAGCACAUUGAGCAGGAUGAGAGGGUUUCCAUGGGCAUCGAUGGCAACCUGUACUUCUCCAAUGCCUUACAGAACGACAGUCGUGCGGACUACUGCUGCUUCGCGCACUUCUCCAAAAUACGCACCAUCGUCCAGAAAACCCAAAUGGCCGUCGUGGUGAAGAGCUUGAAACCUGGCAACGAGUCCACUGACGCCGCCGACAAUGCCACUCAAGCCCGCCCAGCGCGAAGACCCAGCCUGUUGCUGCCCUCUGGUGUUCAGACGGAGAAGGUGCUGUUGAAGGGGGAGAACCUGCAGCUUGAGUGCAUUCCUCAGGGAUAUCCCACUCCAACAGUAAAAUGGAUGAAAAUGGGAGACAAGCUGCCUCUUCGGACACAAUUGAACAACUUUGGAAAGCUGUUGUUCAUAUCUUCUGUAGAUGAGUCGGAUGGCGGGAAAUACAUGUGUAAAGGCCAAAACCCGGCUGGAGAGGUUGUCCACUACUUUGAUGUAAUAGUGGAAGAUCCGCCAAAGUGGGAGACGGAGCCUCCUCAAAGCCAGCUGACUGUGAUUGGGACUGAUGUUCACAUCAAGUGCUCGGUCAGCGGAAAACCACCGCCGGACAUAACGUGGAGGAGGAACGGGGAUUUAUUCAGAGAUGACCUUGGGAGCAACAACAAGCAAGUAUUUGAUGACACUUUGGUGUUCCUUAACGCCGGAGCACAGGACAGUGCUGUCUACCAGUGUGAAGCCUCCAACACUCACGGCAGUAUCCUGGCCAACAUUAACGUCAUGGUCAUGAAUAUGGCUCCGCGAAUACUGACAAGGGACUUUCAAGAGUAUGCUGUGGUACGAGGAAAGGACGUAGUCAUGAACUGCAGUGUUUUCAGCUCUCCACCACCCAACAUCUCCUGGGUCAAAGAUGAGACUCUAGAGAUCGUCAAGGGGGAACGAUUCUCGGAUUUCGGCGGAUCUUUAAAAAUCUUCAGUGCCGAAAAAAGCGACAGCGGGAAAUAUUUGUGUGUUGCCUCUAACACGGAGGGAAAUUCAUCCGUCGCCGCUAUCCUGGAUGUGAAAGACUCCACAAAAAUAGUCCACCCGCCUCAGGAUAUGCGGAUCAUUAGUGGGACCACAGCCCAGUUGACGUGCCAGGCAGAGGUUGAUAAAAGCCUCCGUGAUGCCUUUGAAGUGGUUUGGAGGAAGGAUGGUGAGGAGAUCCCACUUUCCUCUGAGGAAAAUCCCAGAUUCUUUCAUGUAAGCGAUGGCAUGCUACAGAUCAUGAGUGUGAACCUGGACGAUCAGGGAAGCUACAUGUGCAUUGCCAGGACCAUCCUAGACGAGGACAAUGCCACUGCACUACUCACUGUACUGGACGUUCCUGAUGCUCCAAAAAACUUAGAGAUUUUGGAACUAAAGAGUCAGAGAAAUGUUUGCCUGUCUUGGGUACCUGGAAGUGACCACAACAGCUCUGUAACAGAAUUCAUAGUAGAGUAUGAGGAAAGCCAAUGGGAGCCCGGCAGGUGGAAGGAGCUAAAGAAAGUUGCCGGUAACCAGGCAACAGCCGAGGUUGCCCUGCAAGGAGACCUUAACUACCAGUUCAGAGUGUAUGCUGUUAACGUUGUUGGACCCGGACCCCCCAGUGAGCCCACUGAAAGAUACAAAACACCUCCUGCUGCUCCUGAAAAAAAUCCUGAAAACAUCAAAAUUCAAGGCCCUCUCCCUCACCAAUUGGACAUUAGCUGGGAGCCGCUGUUGCCUAUGGAGCAUAAUGGCCCAGGCCUUGAGUACAAGGUGAGCUACAGGAAGCUGGGCGUGGAAGAUGUCUGGAAGGAGCAUCUGGUCAAAAGGCACUCCUUUGUCGUGAGGAACACGUCCACCUUUAUCCCCUUCGAGAUCAAAAUUCAGAGCAGGAACAGCCACGGCUGGGGACCGGAUCCUAAAGUCGUUACUGGUUACUCUGGAGAGGACGUCCCGACUGCAGCACCGCGGGACGUAGCAGUGGAGGUGAUCAACACCACCGUCCUCAGAGUUAGCUGGACCCCGGCUCCACCUGCCACAGUGAGAGGUCAUCUAGGAGGAUACGAUGUUCACUGGUUGAGGAAACGAAGUUGGUUGGAGCCCAACAAGAUUUUGGAUGACCGCAAAACACUUUCUUUCCCUGGGAAGAGGACUCUUGCCAUCGUGCCGGGCCUUGAACCGUUCUCAGAGUACAUGCUCACUGUCAAUGUUUUCAACAAGAAGGGCAAUGGGCCCAACAGUGAUCCUGUCACCUUCAACACUCCAGAGGGAGCUCCAGAGCAGGUGCCCAUUCUGACUGCCUCCAACGCGCAGAAGGACUCCGUUUUGCUGGUGUGGGCCCCACCGCGGGAGACGAACGGCAUCCUCACUGGUUAUCUCCUGCAGCACCACCUCGGUAAAGAGACCACACUGGAGGUGGUUGUCUCCCAGGAGACAAACAUCACUGGGGGCUGACACCACCCCAGUGCAAGCUCUGGGGUCUCGAGGAGGGAAAGCCUCUACCGCUUCCAUCUCCAAAGCGCACCCGAGCCCGGUUGUGGGCCUCCACUGGCGCAGGAGAGCAGAACUCCACCUACUGCAGCAUUGCCGGCGCUGUUGAACAUAAGCUCGUAUGUGAGUGACACCUUUGCCAAAAUCAGCUGGAUUGCCGAGACAGAGCAGCAGGACUCUGAGCUUUAUGUGGCUUAUAUGAAUAACCGUGAAGGUAACUGGCUGGUAUCGGAGGCUGUAAAUGCUUCUCGAAGGUUCCACGUUAUUGACGGGCUCAAACCUGGGACGGUGUACACCGUGCGCCUCAUGGCCAAGCGGCUGGUCGAUAACGCUAGCAUUUUUGAAGAUGUUAUCCAGACCCGAGUCAAAGCCACAGGAGCUCAACGGAGCAACUUUUUGACCCAUGGCUGGUUCAUUGGGACCAUGUGUGCCGUGGCGCUCCUCACCCUCGUCGCACUCAUGGCCUGCUUUGUGCGGCGAAACCAAGGUGGCAAGUAUGCAGGUACGCCGCCGCCUUCGUCGACCCAGAGACAAGACAUGUUCUCCAUGGAAAAAGUGAAAGAGAGGGAGGACCGACACUGUGAUGUGGAGUCACAAGGAAUGAACGAUGACACCUUCUGUGAAUACAGUGACGGCGAGGAGAAGCCGCUAAAGGGCGGUAGCUUGCUAUCCCUGACCGGAGAUGAAGCGCUGGGGGACAGCGUCAGCAGAGACAGCAUGGCUGACUACGGCAACGUCGGGCGAGAAUUCAACGAGGACGGUUCAUUUAUCGGAGAGUAUUCUGGAUUCACGCACAGAGGCUCUGUCAGCGAGCCCAGCGGACCCCAACCAGUCACUGCAUGAAGCCAGGCGCCGGUCCAAGCGGUCGACUACAAAUAUUUUCAAGAUACUUUUUAAAAUGUAGCUUCCGUGGGAUUAAAUACAGCACAAAUGGCCAUAUAUGGGGGGGCUGAAAAUGACUCAAUGGGCAGACGUUCUGUCCAGGGAUCGGAGAGAAAGGAAUACAUCCAGUACACAAAUCCUGUUGGAAAAACAAUUCCAAGUCUUUGUACAUAUUGUAAGAGAAUGACCUGUAUCAUUUGAGUUUUUCAAGAUUUCUUUUAAUUAUAAUAAAGUUUUGUACCUUUUUAUGCCACAAUCUUCAGCCGUGUAUGUUGAUUACCAUCUUGCAUCUACAGCGGGUCUUAAAGCACAUUAGAACCAAUGUAUAGUCACAAAUGCUUAAGUGUUAUGGGUUAUUCAUGUAUGUGUGUCUAACUUUUUUUUUAUUAUGCAAAUAUGUGGAUUAUAUUCAAAAUAUUGACAAUAAAUCACAUAUAUUUUAGUUUAGAAUUUCUUUUUACAAACCUGAAAUCUACAAUAACAAAAAAAAACGAUUUCUACCUUUUUUUAACAAUAGAAGUAUUGCUGUAUUUAUAUCUGGAGUGGAAUCAAACAUUUAGCGAAAACUCAAAUUGGUGAGCUUUCACCUUAAGGCCUCAUUAAGGUAGAUGACAUUUUGAACCUACAGCGAUUCAUCAUACUUCUGUUUGUUUGUUUUCAUCAUCUAACCUUGUCCUGCUGGAUGGGACAGUUUUUAAUCACUCUACUUUCCUUUUAAAUGAUCAGGCAGCUACGAUAUUUAUUAUCUGGAAAUUACUAUGGGUACUUCCUUCACAGUUUGUAUUUAAUUUGAUUUGUAGGUGUCUUUUUUGCUGCUCGUUUUCUGUAAUUAAAAAAGCAUCCUCAUGGGUUCAUUUCAAAAUUAA